AUGAACGGCGCUAUUCGCGCCGCGAGAGAGCACAACGCUCGAGCGCCAAUCAACCGCAGUCUCUCGAACGAGCUCCUCUGCGCCGUGUUCAUCGCGCUGUCCCAACUAGAUUCGCCCUCUAUGGCUCGCCCGCAGGGCUGGUACCCACAAGUGACCGGCGUCUGCCAUCUCUGGCGCGAGGUCGCCCUGCACGUCGUCGAACUAUGGGCAGAUUGCGUCGGCGCUUUCCCCUCCGAGCGCAUAACGAAUCUCGUAUUGGAACGCGCCGGCAUGGCCGCUGAUCUCAGUUUCAGCGGAUGCCGCGAAGAUCAGGCUGGCACGAGUCGUGUUCUGACCGACUACCAGCUAUCGCUGAUCGAAGUAUAUGUUGGGAGAGUGCGUUCGCUCGUGCAUGACGAGUUCACCGACUGGAGAGAGCUGUUUCGUCGCGCGCAGACGUUCCCGAGGCUGCAGACGGCCAGGAUAUGGGAUGAUUCUGGGUCUGAUGGGUGGGCUGAACUCAUCAGUGCUCCUUGUCUGCGCGAUCUCUACAUGAACAAUGUGCUCAUACCCUUUGACGCGUCCGCUCUACGCUAUUUGCGGGUGGACAUGGAUAACCCAGACUAUCGUCUUUGCCGAGACGUAUACGCUUACGAAGAGCCAGAACCGGAUGAAGCUCUCCCGGGGACGUUUCCUACUCGCGAGUUCAUCGCCUUCUUCCAGCGCUCGCCGCGUUUAGAACACGUCGUCAUCAAGGAUAUGCCUCAGCUGCUCGCUGAUGAUCUGCCCUCUGCCUUCAAACUACAUGCAGACCUUCCCCACUUGCACACGCUGCAUCUUGGGGGGAAGUCACUAGCGCUCGGGGAUCUAUUGCAAAGGAUGAACAUACCGUCGGGUGCCCAGAUUUUCGUCGACACAGACUACCUCGAUGGCUCGGACGAUAUGGACCCCUUACUGUUGGAUGCAGUACAUCUUCGCAUCGUCUCAGCAGAAUACGACAGUUUCAGACUCGGGAUGACCCCCUCAUUCGAUCUCAUGCUGCAAGUCUGGUCCUCGGGGGAGCGCGACACGCUCAACGGUCUCGACUUGGAAUCAUCGCUCGAGAUGACAGAUAGCGCAAGAGGACCGGCCUUUACGCUCAGGCUCCCGGUCGGGACACGUCAAAUGCUGGACGAUUAUAUGUCGGGCAGACCGCUUGCCCAUAGUAGAGACCGGCUAGGCUCUGCCCCCGAAGAUCCCGGUCUCGCUCGGGACUUCUACCCUCGAGCGAGCAGAGCUGUAGAUGACAACCUAUCCAACCUUGCGCUCAAUCGAUUCGAUUUCACCGAUAUGCCCUUCGUGGUGAAUUACGAGAUGGAAGACUGGUUCCUCCAUCGAUACAUGGCAUUUCUCAUCGGCGGCUUCGUGAACUGGAAACUGCGUGCACGCCAACGUACGCUGAGCUGGUCGCUCCUGAAACAAAUGCCCAUCAAUUCACGCGCAGGCUUUCUGGCAGGCCAGGUGGAGGAAGUAGUGCUUGUGAACUUCCCCUGCGCGGCGUUCCCGAGUCAGAAACGAUACGAUCGGGAGGUGAAUGAGGAGGCUUGGGAUAUGCUUUGCGAGUGGCUGGAGAAUCGGGAGGCGAGGUUCGAUGAUGAUCCGCCGCCGUUUUCUUUCAAGUUGGCGGAGUCGGAUUCGGUUGUGUCGACGUGGGAGCGCUCUGAGGAACCGGAGUACGUGCAUACGAUUAGGGGGUCGUAUGAGGAUGCUGUGAUAGAGGCCAAUGGGAGAGGUUACCAACGCGUUCGCGAGCUCGUGACUAGCUUCGAAGACUUGAGGAUGAACACUUGGUCUUGA